AUGAAGGUCCUCUUUCUCUUAGCUGUUCUCUUCUCUUUGGCGCAAAAUAACUCAGGGGAUAUGCCUCCUGGAAUUAGGAACACCAUCUGCCUUUUGCAGCAUGGGACCUGCAGACUUUUUUUCUGUCGUCCUGGUGAGAAAAAGGGUGAAAUCUGCUCUGAUCCCUGGAAUCGGUGCUGCACAUUUGAAGAAGAGAACAGUGGAAAAACAGAGACGACUGAGCAGUCUGAUGGGAAUAAAAAUGUGAGCUUCUGA